CACAGUCUAGAGACCGCUGAUGUAGAAUAUGCACGAAAAAAGGAGGAAGAGAGAAAAGAAAAGGAAAGAAAGAGGAAACAGAGAGAGGAAGAAAGAAAACAGAGAGCCGAGGAAGAAGAAAAAAAGAGGAAGCAAAAGGAAGAAGAGAGGAAAAAGAAGGCUGCUGAAGAUGAAAAGAGAAGGAAGAAAGAGGAGACGAAACGCAAAGAUAUGGAGGCGCAAAAGAAAGAAGAAGAUGAUAAAAAACAAAGAGAAAUAGAGGCAAAGAAGAAGGAAGAUGAAGAAAGACAAAGAAAAGAAAGGGAAGAAAAACAGGCAAGGGAGAAGGAAAAGGAGGAAAGACGAAGAAAGGAAAGAGAAGAGGUGGAGAGGCGGAAAAAUUGGAGGAAUUGGCCACCAAUGAUCUUUUAUCGAGAUGAUGACGCAACGGCCUUCCACAAAGGUGUUGUUUGUAUAGCUCUUGCCAUGGAAGGUGAAUUAGUGAAAGAAGACCUCACCUGUGUUGGAUCUGACAGUAAUAAUGAGAGAGAAAAAUAUUUGCAGGCAGAGAAAAAAGAGGUUCCUAUGUCAUCACUAGUAACAAUUAAACCGUCAACAAAAUCAGCAAUAAGACUACAGGAACCACUACACGUGUUUAUUCCACAUCAAGCUAAUCAAAGCUCUCGAGAUAUUGUGGUGAAAGUCUCUUUAGAUGGUGGACCCUGGAAAACCAUGGAAUAUGAAGUUGCCAUUCCACCCAGUGUGAACAUAACGGACGUCCACAUGGUACAUAUUGCCAUAAACAAUUUCAAGUUCGUUGGGAUAUUAGUUGCGUCCAGACCCAAAUUUCAUGCCUUUACUGUUGGUAAAGAAGGAGGAACCUUCGAAAUUAAGAGUCCUCAAAAAGCCAGACUUACAGUUCCGAACGACUGUUUUAAUGAGAAGACAAAUGGAACUUUACAGAUUACGGACAAAAAGCACACAAAUGCCAUGGCUAAAGAUAAGAAGGACCUACGAAACAUCCAGCUUGCCCUUGCUCCGCACAACAUCACGUUUGAGAAACAAAGCAAAUCGAACGUGUCUCUUGAAAUUUACCCAGAUCUCCAUCGUAUAAUUGGUCGUCCACAAUCUGCUCUGAAGACUUGCGAGAAGACACUUCUAGAAGAAAUGGACGCAGAAACUGUUGCAGAAGACCUCCACGAAAAGGGCAUCAUUAGUUCGUCAACGCUGAAAGAAAUAAAGUAUAAGAAGUCCAAAGAAGAACAGGUGAAGGCGUUAGUCGAGGAUUUGUUAUGUUGUGAUGAAGAAGAAUUUCAACAAUUAAUAGGAAGUUUGGAGGAAUCAAACCAACAGAAUCUUGCUAAUACACUGAGAAAAGCUUUGGCUAAAAUUUCGAGAAAAGAAAUGGGAAGCGAUUUCGUUGAGGAGACUGACGAUAAAGUAGCACUGUUGUCCAGUAAAAAUCAUCAAGGCUGGUCUGUUGUUGAUUUUGAAAAAGUAAAAGACAAGUCUGGAGCAUGUCUUCUUACACUUCCACCGGAUGGAAAAUCGUUUAGUGUGAUUGGCCUGGUAGUGCCUAAGUCAUUCAAAGAUUCAGAGUUAUCUCGUUUAGCGGAGCUAUUCUACGUAUCUUCCGAGCAGUUUCGAAUGCGUUUGAUUGUAAAGCAACACAAAGAAACAAGCGCCGCUUGGCUAUCCGAUGUAUGAAUCCUGAGCUGUUCUCGAGCUCUGUGACCGAAAUGAGGAGUCGAGGCUUUACCGAGGGACCGUCAGAGAGUGUGGAAUUCAGCGUCAAGGAGGGAGAGACAAUAUGGCUGCAGCUUAUGGGAAAUCGGAAGUUUGCUUCCCAGCAAAGUUCUGAAGUGCAUUUCAAAGUUUACAUGAGUGCCAUCUACACCAUGGACAUCCUGGUCUCUGAAACAAAAGGGAAAGACAAUUCCACCAGAUAUAAGAAUGACCUUCAAUAUAACGUCGGACUUAUUGAACAGAAACCCCCAAGGCACGGUGUUUUUAAACUACAAC